AUGUGAAUGUCUUCCCAGACUGAACUGACCUGGAUACGCAACAUGCACAACGGCACUGCCGAAACUCCACAUACGGCGGGAACAGGCAACGAGACUUUGUGCACACCGGCACCGAGCUCUGAGUUCUCACUGGGUGUGCUGGUGCUGCUGGCUUUCCUCAUGGUGUUGCUGGCUCUGGUCACCAUCCUUGGAAACACCCUGGUGAUCCUUGCUUUCAUCAUGGACAGAAAUCUCAGGCAUCGGAGCAACUAUUUCUUUCUGAAUCUUGCUAUUUCUGACUUUGCAGUGGGUGCGUUCUGCAUGCCUCUCUACAUCCCUUACAGCCUGACAGGGAAAUGGCACUUGGGAAGAGGCGUCUGCAAGCUCUGGCUGGCUACGGACUAUCUCCUGUGCACAGCUUCAGUAUUUAACAUUGUUCUUAUCAGCUAUGACCGUUUCCUGUCAGUUACUAAAGCUGUAUCUUACAGAGCCCAGCAGGGAGUAACAUCCAAUCCUGUCAUCAAGAUGGUGGCCAUCUGGGUCUUUGCCUUCCUCCUCUACUGCCCAGCAAUCCUCUUUUGGGAGCACGUGGCUGGACACAGUGUGGUAGCAGCAGACCAGUGCUACGCUGAGUUCUUUGACAACUGGUACUUCCUCCUGUGCGCAUCCACCCUGGAGUUCUUUGUGCCGCUGCUCUCGGUGACCUACUUCAAUGUGCACAUCUUUCACAACAUCCAGAGGCGCCAGCGGCACGGCAGCACGCAGGACUGCGAGCCUCCAAGGAAUGGCAGCCUGUCCUGGAGGUUUUGUCUUUUGCCAAGGCCAGGAACAUCAUCUUCCUCAGAAGUAGAGGACAGUGUUUCAUCAUUAACGAGGUCAUGGAGACCGGCAGUGAUGGCUAACUGUCCAUCUCCAACACAAACCAGUCCCACACCUCUCAAAAGGGACUUUUCUGUUUCUUUCCGUUCAAGGACUGGGUCAAAACUGCAGCAGGACAAGAAAGUAGCAAAGUCACUUGCCAUAAUUGUGUGUGUGUUUGCUGUUUGCUGGGCUCCAUACACUUUACUAAUGAUUAUUCGUGGGGCCUGCCAGGGAACCUGUGUUCAUAACUCCUUGUACGAAAUAACCUUUUGGCUUUUGUGGAUCAAUUCCUCUUUGAACCCAUUUCUCUACCCUCUCUGUCAUAUGAGGUUUCGAAUGGCUUUUAUGAAAAUACUAUGUCCCAAAAAGUUUGCAAUGUUGAGAUCACGUAACACACCUUCUUUUUAG